UUGGGACUCAUGACUUGGACAAGUUAGAAGGACCAUUCACAUAUGAGGCAUUGCCACCUUCUGAAAUAAAUUUUGUGCCUCUUAAACAGGUGAAGAACUUCAGAGCUGAUGAGCUGAUGGAGUUUUACAAGUCAGAUUUGAAACUGAAGAAAUUUUUGCACAUCAUCGAGAAUUCACCAGUAUUUCCUGUCAUAUAUGAUCGUAAUAGAAUCGUUUUGUCUUUACCACCAAUUAUUAAUGGUGCACAUUCAGCAAUCACCUUGAAGACAAAAAAUGUCUUUAUUGAAUGUACAGCUACUGAUUUGACAAAGGCCAAAAUUGUUUUGAAUACAAUGGUAACAACUUUUUCAGCAUAUUGUGAAAGAAAGUUUGAAGUGCAACCAGUUGAAGUGAAAUACUGUGAUGGGAAGUCAUAUGUUUAUCCUGAUUUAUCUGUGUACAAUAUGGAGGUCCCUUUAUCCUAUAUCACUGAUUCAAUUGGAGUCUCCUUGGAUGCACAAGAGGUAACUAGCCUGUUAAAUCAAAUGCAGUUGCAGGCUAAGCAAUCUGGAUCAGGUGAAAAUUGCAGUAUCAAUGUGUUAGUACCUCCAACCAGAAGUGAUGUUCUUCAUGCAUGUGAUGUUAUGGAGGAUGUUGCAAUUGCAUAUGGGUACAACAAUAUUCCAAAAAGAAAGCCUUCUUCUUUGAAGCCACUUCCUUUAAACCAGCUUACUGAUCUUAUCAGACACGAGAUUGCAAUGAAUGGGUUUACAGAAGUAGUAACAUGGAUUUUAUGUUCUAAACGAGAGAAUUUUGAGAUGUUGAACAGAAAGGAUGACAAAUCUACUGCAGUGAUUAUUGGAAACCCCCGGUCCUCAGAUUUUGAGGUUUGUAUGCUAUACAGUUGUGUGCUCAAUUCUAUUGGUAAAGUUGCACGAGACUUGAGGAUGAUGAUCAGGGGAUGUCAGACAGGUGGUUGGCUUUAAAAUUAUCCUAAUGAAGAACUGCUAGGGCAGUAGGGAAGAAGUGUCAUCCUUUUAGUGAUUAAAUUCUGUUUGACUGGAUCGUCUUGCUUUCAUUUUUUUUUUUUUUUUGUUUAUGUCUGGAUUGUGAUUCGUUUGUACUCUCGUCACAAUGUAAUGAAUGUGUUGUUUGCUUUGUUCUGUGGUUCACGCAUUCUUGAUUUUGUCCACAUAAUGGAGAAAGCGUGUGAGUUUGAAUCAAGAACUUGAAGAACG